AUGCAUUUGAGAGUUGUCAACACAAAACUGGUUUGUGGGGAGGUUAUAAAGGGAGAUAGUUCCUUUGACUCUCCUCCAGUUCCUAAGUUGAAGGCUGCAACUAUGAAGGUCUAUGUCAGAGUUAGAGGAGAGUGGCUACUUGUUCCUUGCAAAGAUGGGAAAAGCACUGUGCGAUGGCUGGCAGACGAAGCUCUCCGAAGGUACCACCUGCUGGAUCAGCAAGGGUCGGGGAAGCAGGCACCACAACUGCGCGAAGUGAGGAAAAUGCGUGGAGCGUUGCUGUGUUUGGAUGAUCCAAUAUCAGACUGCCUUGAUGACAAUGAUUCCAUUAUUAUUGUAACAUCCUCCGAUAAACCACCAAAACCUCAAAGUUUGGAAGACUUGAAGUUUGGGAAUGAAAUUAAAGAUAUAAACCACAAACCUGCAGAGGAGUACCUAUAUUUAGACGGGGCUUCAUUGUCCACCAAUGAUCUUAUGUUGCUAGGAAAAGGAUUGUAUCGCAUUAAGUUGACAGCUGAAGCAGAAAUAAAUGUAACAAAGGCCAGAGAAUUAAUUGAGAAAAUAUUGCAAGAAAAGAAAGCAGGAGUAGGAGAACCUCUGAGUGUUGAGAAGACCCGAAUGCUGUUGGCUCUGCGAAUAAAUGUGCUUGCAAAAGGUUACAGUGGAAUUUCCUUGAAGACUCUUCGACACCUCAUAAAUGCCUUUAACAAUUCAUGCUUGUCCUGGGUACCAGUCCAAGGGUCAGUUGGUGCCUCUGGUGACCUGGCUCCACUCGCCCACCUUGCCCUCGGCCUGCUUGGAGAAGGCAAAAUGUGGAGCCCUGCCACAGGAUGGGCCAAUGCAAAAGAGGUUUUAGCUGUUAAUGGACUGCAGCCAAUGGAAUUGGGGCCUAAAGAAGGAAUUGCUCUAAUAAAUGGAACACAGCUUAUCACAUCCUUGGGUGCAGAAGCUGUGGAGAGGGCAUACUAUAUAGCCCGUCAGGCUGACGUCACCGCUGCUCUUACUUUGGAGGUCCUCAAAGGGACAUCUCGUGCAUUUGACUCUGAUGUGCAGCUCAUUCGACCCCACAAAGGGCAAAUUGCUGUAGCGCGGACUUUGAGAGCUCUCCUGCACUCGGAGUUCUACCCAUCACAGAUUGCAGAGAGUCACCGCUUUUGCAAUCGAGUGCAGGAUGCAUAUACUUUGAGAUGUUGUCCACAAGUGCAUGGUGUAGUACACGACACAAUUGACUUUGUUCAAGAGGUCAUAACAGUUGAAAUGAACAGUGGAACUGAUAACCCUAUUGUAUUUGCGGACAGAGGAGAAAUCAUUUCUGCUGGUAAUUUUCAUGGUGAAUAUCCUGCAAAGGUGUUGGACUAUCUGGCAAUUGCUGUGCAUGAACUUGCUUCAAUGAGUGAGAGGAGGAUUGAACGACUUGUAAACCCAGCUUUAAGUGAGCUGCCAGCUUUUCUUGUGAAGGAUGGUGGACUUAACUCGGGCUUUAUGUUGGCUCAUUGCACUGCAGCUGCUUUAGUGUCAGAAAACAAAGCACUGUGCCACCCAGCGUCUGUUGAUUCUCUCAGCACUAGCGCAGCACAAGAAGAUCAUGUAUCAAUGGGGUGUUUUGCAGCUCGUAAAGCCCUGCAGGUGGUUGAAAAUGUGGAAAGGGUAAUUGCCAUUGAAUUGUUGGCUGCUUGCCAAGCAAUUGAGUUCCUCAGGCCACUUAAGACAACCCUUCCAUUGGAAGAAGUGUACAAAGUAGUGCGUAGCCGUGUGAGGCCUUGGGACAAAGAUCGUUACAUGGCCCCAGACAUAGAGGCUGUAACAGAACUUCUACGGCAAGAUCAUAUAUGGGUGGCUGUUCGCCAUCAUAUUGACUAUUAUCUUGCCCCACAGGAAUUGGAAACUAGAGUGUUCAGUCCUACUGCUGUAAUGGUUGGUGAGAAACAACGUGCCAAGGCACAUGUACAUCAAGAAAAAUGCCUUAUUAAUGCAAAAAAACGACUGAGACCUUCAUCUCCAUAGUUAUACAACUAUUUCUGUGUAUUACAUUGUAUCUCUGCAACAAUAAAGUGUUUAUAUUUUUGAACUGCAUUUCAUU